GCCAGUUUAACCCGCCAGCGCAAAACCUCUCACCGUCGUCAACCUCAACCACCCCCCCAAACAACCGUCAAAAUGGAGAACGAGAAGGGAGAGAUCGUCGAUCUCUACGUCCCCCGCAAGUGCAGCGCCACCAACCGCAUCAUCAAGGCCAACGACCACGCCUCCGUCCAGAUCUCCAUCGCCAAGGUUGACGAGAACGGCCGCUACACCGGUGAGAACCACACCUACGCUCUGUGCGGCUUCAUCCGUGCCCGUGGUGAGAGCGAUGACUCCCUGAACCGCCUUGCCCAGCGUGACGGCUACGUCCGCAACGUCUGGACCGCUGCCCGCCAGCGCUAAGCACUUUUCCUUUUUGAGAGAGACGUGCGGUGUUGGGAUGAAUUUGGAAGUGGGUGGUUAUUGAUGAUGGAUGAAGAUAUUUAACUAUAUCUCCACAAAAAGGGAAUCCUUUCACACAAUGAAAUGAAAAAACUUUUCCAAUUUAACUUUUCUAUCAACAAUUCAAUUUCCAUCCUGCUUUCAUUUUUAUCUCUCUUGUGUAGGGUGGAGCAUAUCCCCCUCUACAUGCCCUCUUCAUCUCUCUCGUCCGGGGUGCCCUUUUUCUUUUUUUAUCUUUCGUCUGGUACGGAAUACUGUAGCAAGCAUACUUAGAUAUCAUUUCCACAAUCGGCACAUCAAGGCUUCCUCACUCCCCCUAAACCUCGGAGAAGAAGAGAGGAAGGAAACCGUCAUCUGGAUUCCUCUUCCUUUUUUUCUUCAGGGUCAGGGACCUUCCAUGAGUCAGGAGGUAGAAAAGUAAACGCACAUCCACCGCCGAAUAUUACGCUACCGCCUACUGAAGAGCCACUUUGCUGAGACGUGCAUCGGGGCACAGAUACGGGUGGGACAUACAUAUCCAUAUCCUUUACUUGAAUAUUCUAUAUUAGUGGAAAGAAUAUGAAGUUCUUUUUUCAAAUUGAAUGCUUUUCA